UGGAGGAGGAGCCCGCGGGAGGCAGGCGGAGCUGCAGGAGGGGGCAGCCCGCCCAGCCGGGGAGCGGGGAUGGGCGCUUGAAAGGGGAAUCUGUGGCCGGAGGAGGGAGAGCGGGACAAGUGGCUGGCGCAGGCUUCCCGGCAGGGACCUUUGUGGCGCGGCUCAGGCCGGCGGGAGAGCGCCCAGCAUGGAGCCCGUUACCAAGUGGAGCCCAAAGCAAGUCGUGGACUGGACCAAAGGCUUGGAUGAUUGCCUGCAGCAGUAUGUCCCCAAAUUUGAACGGGAGAAGAUAAAUGGUGAACAGCUGUUACAGAUUUCAAAUCAAGAUCUCGAAGAGUUGGGUAUCUCUCGAAUUGGACACCAGGAACUGGUUCUGGAGGCGGUGGAUCUUCUUUGUGCACUGAAUUAUGGCCUUGAAACAGACAAUAUGAAGAACUUGGUUCUCAAAUUGCGAGCUUCUUCCAACAACCUGCAGAAUUAUAUCAGCAGCCGGAGGAAAAAUUCAAAGUAUGAUGGAAAAACAUCACACAAACCCCCCAAUGAAUUCCUCACUUCAGUGGUGGAGCUCAUUGGUGCUGCUAAGGCCUUGCUAGCAUGGUUGGACAGGGCCCCAUUUACAGGGAUUGCUGACUUCUCAGCGACAAAGAACAGAAUCAUUCAGCUCUGCUUGGAUCUCACCACCACAGUUCAGAAGGAUUGCACUGUGGCUGAAAUGGAAGAUAAAGUUCUACAUGUAUCCAAGAUUUUAAAUGGAAUUUGUGAUAAGAUGAUCAGAUCAACUACAGAUCCAUUGAUGAGCCAGAGUGCAUGUCUGGAGGAGGUUCAUUUAACCAACAUUAAACCUGGGGAAGGCCUGGGAAUGUAUAUCAAAUCAACUUACGAUGGAUUACAUGUAAUUACUGGAACUACAGAAAAUUCCCCCGCUGAUCGAUCUCAAAAGAUUCAUGCUGGUGAUGAGGUGAUCCAGGUUAAUCGUCAGACUGUAGUGGGAUGGCAACUAAAAAACCUUGUGGGAAAGUUGCGAGAGAAUCCUUCUGGAGUUAAAUUGCUACUUAAGAAACGUCCUACAGGCUCUUUUAAUUUUACUCCAGCCCCACUGAAGAACCUACGCUGGAAACCACCACUUGUACAGACCAGUCCUCCACCAACUACAACUCAGUCACCAGAAAGCACCAUGGAUACCUCGAUGAAGAAAGAGAAGCCAGCCAUCCUGGACCUCUAUAUACCUCCACCACCAGCCGUUCCAUAUUCUCCUCGGGAUGAGAAGGAGAGUCUCGUUUAUGGAGGAGGUAAUAAAGCUAAGCCGCCAUUACCUGGCUCCAAAGGUGCAGAGUCUCCUAAUUCUUUCCUCGAUCAGGAAAGCCGAAGGCGAAGGUUUACUAUUGCGGAUUCUGAUCAGUUGCCUGGGUAUUCCAUGGAAGCAAAUAUACUGCCAACAAAGAUGAGGGAAAAAACACAGUCUUAUGGAAAACCUCGCCCUCUGUCGAUGCCUGCAGAUGGGAGCUGGCUGGGAGCUGCAGAUCCUUUCUUGAGGCCCCGAGCACCAGGGAGAAAAGGUGAAGAUGUCCUCUGCAGGUACUUCAGUAAUGAGAGGAUACCCCCAAUCAUUGAAGAAAGUUCCUCCUCGCAGCAGCAUUUUGCAAGGCCAGUGGCUGACAGGCAAUUAGUGAGGGGCGCAGACUACAUCAGAGGCAGCAGGUGCUUUGUGAACACAGAUCUUCAUAACAGUGCGACUAUACCUUUCCAGGAGGAAGGAGCUAAAAAACUCUCUGUUACAUCACCCACAAAAUCUUCCUCCACAGAGCCCUCGCUACUGGUCAGUUGGAUCACAAGACUUAAACUGUUGACUCACUGAUUGUUUGAUAGAAUUUGUUCUCAUCUUCUGUUACCAAGUGCCUUUGUUCCUCAGUCAGACUUCUUGCUUUUCAGCUACAGUAUUACAUAGUGACUGGUGUGUUGAUCUAUUCCUGGAGAGUUGUACACAUCUCCCCUUUUUUGGCUCUAAUAUACUGGAACGGAGAGGAUUGGAUAAUGUGAGAUGGAAGUGGGAUAAAGGUCUAGUUUCUUUUUCCUGCCCCAAAGUUGAGGGAAUUCAUUCCUCUGGAAACAAGUAAGGCUCCAGUGAAUCAGAGGUCAUAUCUGGUCAGAAAUCUGUAUGACCUGUGCAGAAGCAAUCGUUGCAUUAAAAUGAGGUCCAGUGGCACUUCAUUUGCUAAAAUGCUCUGAUGCCGCACAACCUACUGGCUUGCCGAAUAUGUAGGGCUAAGCAAAAAUCCAGAGCUGUUCUCCUGACCAGAAGGCAAGAGGGUAAACAUCUAUUUUGUAUAAUAAUGUGGUGUUGUGGCAAGUACUGCUGCAGCUUUAACUUUAUAAGGAAUAAAGGUAGCUUCUUCUCUGUGAUAACCAGAGAACUGUGUUAGGAAUAUAUUAAACCUGGUUUAUAAUCCAGUUAUUGAGAUCUCCAUACAGGCAAACGAGUGUUCUCUGAUUUGCUGCAGUGCUCAUCCAUGAAGAUGUGGAUUGCUACAACAUGCCAAGAAAGAGCAUCUAUAGAGGUGGUAAAAGAAAUGUAUUUUUUCCUUCAUUGUUUGAGAAUGAUUUGCUGUUAACCAAAGUAUCCAUAUAAAAACAAACCUGUUGGUUUUAUGGAACCUCUACAGUGGUUCAGUUUUUGAACUGAUAGAUGUGUUUUCAGAAAGAAAAAUAUGCUGUGACACGUUACAGUAGUAAGACACCUGGCUAUUUUUAAAUGUAGCUCCAGUUUUUCACCUUUAAAAGUCUCAAGUAGCAGCUGGAAUUUGGGAAAGGGGAAAAAGCUUGUAAAAUUAUGGUUAUUAAAGAAUCAUUGUUUAAAACUGAAUGUACAAGAGGUUGUUAGUAUUCAAAAAAAGUGUUUAAUUUAAGUGUUAAAUAUAGCUGUAUAUUUUUUUUACUCUUAACCAUAUGUAGUUUGUAUAUUCCUAUCUACAGCACUGUGCACUAAUUAACCAGUGCCAAAAAAACUGUUAUGUUCUCCAUUAAAUCAACUGCCAAAUGCUGCAUUGGGUGAUUUUGCAGUAAUGACAGAGCCUCCUGUGUUCCAUCUACAUUAAAGAAAGGAAAAACAGUUUAGUGUCUGUCUGUACUAUGGAUUUUAGCAUGUUGGGGUACUGCCCUGACUAUGUUAUGACAUAGCAUGGUUUUGCCUAUGUAGGUGUGACCAAGCUGAUGUUAUGAAAAUGUUAUGGAACUCUGUUAUGGCCCUCUAGAGACCAGGUGGUUAAAUUCAGCUCUCUGGUAAGUUAGUGCAACUCUGACUUCAAUGGUGAUUUAUACUAGGGUGGAAUUUUGUCCCUAGAGCUGUAACAUGGUUAUAACACAGUUUGGUUCCAUCUUCAUAGGCAUGACCAUACCACAUUAUAAUGGAGAGUAGUGCAGUAGUACCCUCACUUUCAACAUGACAGAACUGGUAGUGCAGACAAGGCCAAACUCACUUGUAGUUCAGUCAAGUUCCACCUGUGUGGAUGGGGCGGAGCUGAGUGCAGAAACUGCUUUGGUAUAAAUAGAUCUAGGCAACCAACUCUGUGUGUUAGACGCCCCUUACAACGUAGUCCAGCCCUGUGCACGUAGGCGAGGCUGGCUGCUGUUGAACUAUGGUCCAAUUCAACAACUGCUGUUAAAGUCAGUG